AUGAAAGAGAUACAGGAGCAUGAUCAGAUCCUAAUUUCUUUGGCUAAAGUUUUGGAGCUCACUACAAAGAGUAAGGAAGCUGAGGUGAAUGAAGAUCUUUCCCUUAAGGUCUCUAAGCUCUCUAAUAUUUUGGAGAGAAAAGGAAUGGAGGUGGAUGCUUUAUUAAAGUUUGUCAAGGAUGUUGCUUUUAAGAAAUACCUGGAGUCUAAGUACUUUAAGAAGGAGACCCUUAAGUACUACAUGGACGGCUUUGAGAAGUUCAGGACAUGCACCAAAAUGGACUAUCCUGGGCUGGACUUUUAAUAGUUCACGUAGGGUGACGAUCUGGCGUCUAGAGAGGACAAGGAGGAAGAAGACGAACAAGAGGUGACCAUCAAAGCUUAAGAAGACAAAAAGGUUGAAG